AUGCCGCGCGUACGAGCUGGCAAACAAUCGGCAGCCGCCAACACAACCUACGACUCGCCCGUGAAGACGGUUCAGAUCGCGCUCAAUGAUGACCGCGCAGAGAAGGCACAGCGGCUGCAGUCGCGACAUGCACUCCACUCGAAACAGAUGGACGCGUACAAAGCGGCAGCAUCACCUGUACGGAAGCGCAAGUCGCUGGGCGCAGACACUGGCGGACCAGAGACGCCAUCACAGCAAGAUGCAGGUGACUACAACGUGCUAGGACCGGGAGUGACGCCUAUGAAGCGUGUGCCCAUACUCGCCAACUUUGAGGAGUGGAUGAAGAUGGCCACAGACAACAAAAUUAACGCGACGAACAGCUGGAACUUUGCGCUCAUUGACUACUUCCACGACAUGAGUUUGCUGCGGGAAGGAGAUAGUGUCAACUUCCAAAAGGCGAGCUGCACGCUGGACGGGUGUGUCAAGAUCUAUACGAGCCGAGUGGAUAGUGUGGCGACAGAGACAGGGAAGCUGCUGAGCGGGCUGGCUGAGAGCAAGUCAGACAAGAAGAGGAGAGGCGGCGCUGAGGGUGAAGAGGGUGAAGAUGAGGACAAGGAGGGCGAAGAAGGAGAGGAUGGCGCGGCCAAGAAGAAAGGCAAAAAGAAGGCACGAAAUGCUGAAGCGACUCUGGUGAACAGCUUCGACCAGCUGAAGUUGAAGAAGAUGGAGCUGGAGUUCUCAGUGGAUCCGUUAUUCAAGAAAGCGAGCGCGGACUUCGACGAAGGUGGUGCGAAGGGUCUGCUGCUCAAUCACCUCUCAAUUGACGGAGAAGGAAGGAUCGUAUUUGACAGCAGCAACGACGCGAAAGAGACCGACGGCGAAGAGAACAGGAGAGAUAGCAUGGAGCCGGAGGGUGAAGAAGAGGAAGGCGAGCAGAAGCAGUCGGAAGAGCCAGCUGUGGAGGACGACAGACCUGUCGACAUCGCAGCACUCGGCGCACGCUUCUUCCCGGAUCUCAGCAUGCUCGACAACAAAGACAUUUGCCCCACGCUCAAGACGUUCGAACUCGGCUCCGGUGAUGCUUCACUCGAUCUACCCUUCCUCAAAGCGCCCGAAAACUGGAGAGAUGAACAGCCUGAGCCGUCUUCAGAAGAAGCUGGCGAGAACAGCGUGCUCCCCGACAACAACUUCGGCAUUGGAGAUGAUGACGACAACGGCUUCGACCUCCCUCCUGAAACUGGCUUUGGUGAAGGUGGUGAGGCGUGGGCACGCGAUGCAGCGCUGCAACCUCAGAUGCGGGUGGUGGACGCAUAUGGCGGCGCGGAAGCAGGCGAAGAAGGCGGCGAGGUUGGAACCUUCGACACCAACAGCAAUGUGUACGGCGUUACUCUCCAACAUCGCUCCUUAGGCGACGACCAAGAGAACAUCCUCAAUUACUUCGACACUGCGCUUCACAAAAACUGGGCUGGGCCUGAACACUGGAAGAUUGCGAGGAUAAAGGAGGCGAACAGAAGUGCUGCCCAGGACAAGGAGAAGAAGGCGAGGAAAGAGAAGGAGCCGUUCGAGAUUGACUUCGCGGCGCCAAUGAGCCAGGAGCUGGCGGCACAGCUGUACACGACAGCGAGCUCGAACGCCGCGAUCAGUUUGCCCAGAAAAGAGUGGAGGAGUCGAACGAGGAACCUCUUACCGGAUGACAAGCAUUUCAAUUCGAAAGAUCUGCUGAAACUGUUCUUGAAGCCAAAAGCCAGACUUGGGGCGCGAAAAGCAAUUGGCGGUAGGAGGGAUGGCGGCGUCGAAGGUGAAGUGGAUGAGGCAUACUGGGCUACGGCAUCGCACGCACCUCCUACCCAUCCCGACGAUGUGGAUGCGGUCCAAGGAGACUACGAUGCCAAUUUCUUCGCCGACGACGCUCUACCUUUACCCGCUGGUGUGGAUCCGGACGACGACGACGACUUUGCAGAUGCCCGUGAGCAGUUCUCUCCUGGUAUUGCGGACGAGAUCGAUGCUGGAGGACCGACCGGACCCGGCAUCGACGGCAUCUUGGCUGGCUCGCAGGAGCAAGGCGAAGGCGCAUUCGGAGCGAAUCUCGUCGCCCAGAGUCGAAGAUUACGACCCGAGUAUGUGCAAUACGCGCGUGUGGCCAAGAAGGUGGAUGUUCGACGACUGAAAGAAGAGAUGUGGCGAGGGUGUGGGUUUGGAAAAGACGAGGUGAGUCUCCACUUUCUUGAAGUGCGAAGCCCGAGAUUGGGCAUUCUUAUGGCGUGGCAAGCCAACAUCAUCCACGUACGGCCAAAGAUCGCAGAUAAUAGGGCAUCCCGUCCGCUCUGCCGUACUCAAGCUGCGAAUCGGGUGAUUAGUACUACGGUGGGUGACCACGUGGGAAUACCGCCUGCUGCAUUACCUCCCCAAACACCCUCAAAACCUCAGCCGCCAGCAGUACUGCAGGACGACUCUGGCGCGCUCAAAUUCACAGACAUCAUGAACAACCUCCACCACGUUUACCCGAAACAGCAGCUCGCGGACAUCAGCACGAGCUACGGCUUCAUCUGCUUACUGCAUCUGGCGAACGAGAAGGGCUUGGUGAUUGAGAACGUGGACGGCUGGAGCGAUUUGACUGUACGAAAGGACUUGGAGGCUAUCAUCGGGGAAGGGGGCGAUUGA